GGGGCUUAAGGGGACCCAGGGCGCUGCUGGGGGAGAAGGGUUUGGGGGACCUGGGCCUGGUCUGCUGGGGGGGCCUUAUCUAGCGGGGUUCUGAGGCGGCGGCGGCGGCGGAAUCACCCCACGCCCUGCUUUACGGUCUCAUCCCGUUCUCUUCGCCCCUCUCACCCCUCAGCUUUAUACUCCAGGCCCCGUCUCCUGAGCUCUGCCCUCGGAUGUUCCACCGCCCAGAGCUUGCAUGCGCCGUGGGGCGCCCCAGGACCAGGAGCUGGUGGGUCCGGGGGCUCCUGGGCGGGGGUCCCGGGGCGCCCCUCCUCCCUCGGGACCUGUUGUCCCGGUCCUCGUCUUUCCCCCGGAUCUAGUAUUCAGGGCGGACCAACGGAGCGGACCCCGGCAGCUGCUGACCCUCUAUAACCCCACGGGAGCAGUGCUUCGCUUCCGAGUGCUGUGCACAGCACCUGCCAAAUACACGGUGUUUGACGCGGAAGGAUACGUGAAGUCCCAGUCCUGCAUUGACAUUGUGAUUCGCCACGUGGCCCCCCAUCCCAGGAACUAUGAUGUCCAGGAUCGCUUCCGCAUUGAGCUCUCUGAGGAGGGAACAGAGGGCCGAGUGGUGGGGCGCAAGGACAUCACCUCGGUUCUGAGGGCCCCAGCGUACCCCCUUGAGCUUCAGGGACAGUCUGACCCAACGCCCCACCCAGAGCCUCAUUCCUGGACAGCAUCAUCCACAGCCCAGCCCUUCCCAGAGAGAAUGGAGGCUGGAGCUCCUGACAGCCCUUGUUCCCCAGACCCUCACCCGCAACUGGCCACCAGCUCCUUCCUCCUCUUCUUGCUGAUGGGCACAGUCUCUGUGGCCUUCCUGCUGCUCCCGCUCCAGGAUGAACUUGGCAGCCAGCUGCCCCAAAUCCUUCACGUCUCCCUGGGACAAAAGUUGGUGGCAGCCUAUGUCUUAGGGCUCCUCACCAUGGUGUUCCUCCGGACCUGAGCUCUGCUCCACCUCCACGCUUUUUCCCUGGGCCAGGACAUGGAUGUGGAUGUGGACGUGCAACAGCCACUGUGAUGUUCAUAAUCUCCUCUCAACUCCUGCUUCCUUCUUCUGCCCAUCUCCCCCCAGACUUAGGGAUUUGUUAUCUUUUUCCAAGUUGAAUCAAAUAAAUUUGUAAAACUGAA